AAAAGAGAAAACAGCCCAGCAAAGUCCAAGAACAACUCUAACAAAAAUGAAGAAAAAGAGUCCAUGGAGCAGAAGGAAAGGAGGUAGACUAUGGAAUUCCUUUCAUCAAUUCUAAACGGCUCUUCAAAUUGCGGCGAAGAGGACUCCUACUCUGGAACGGCAGCGAAAUCUCAGGAGUUAGAGAGCUCAAAACGACUCUAAUCCUUCGAUAUAAAAAGGCAGCAUCAAGGGGUUUUAGGGGGCGAAUUCUGGCCGCGAGGAGCGAAGAGCCAAGUACCGAAGGAGGUGGAAGGCUUAGACCUGCGUCUGGAAGAAAGCGGAGCUCCGAAUUUCAGCCUCACCAGCAGUUUUAGGAGGACGCACAUUUCAUCAACCUGGCAGCAGUUCUGGCUUUCAUAGCAAUUUAAUCCUCAAAUUUUUCUUCUAAAAAGAACUCUGGUUUGAUUAAUUCUUUUUGUUCUGAAAUUUAAGUGUACUUUGUUUGAUCAUACGUGCCAUAGUUCAGUAAAGUGGUUACUCACAGUAAUUGUUUGCUGAUCAUUAAGGCGAUGAAGAUGAACUCUCUAUAUAUUGUUGUUUUACUCUCAACCAGUUUUGAUAUGAGUAGCUAAAUUCUUUAAGUCCGGAAUAUGAUGAAGUUGCUAUGAUUUAGUAUGUAAUUGUGAUUUUAGUUAUGUCAAUUGAUUGAGUUUUAUCCAUUGUUCAUAUUCUCUUAAUUGACUAUGUUAAUUUCUGGACAACUUUAAUAUGAUUAAUUAAGUUGUUUGAGUGGAUUAAUAGAGUACAUGCCAUGCCUAUUAGUUCGAGCUCUUUUGGAUAACAGAAUAGAUAAUAAUUUAGCUUUCUUGUUAGGUUAUCUAUUUGGUUCUUAAAUUGGGUUUCCGUAGUUCUUUUGUGAUAAAUGGAUUUUAGCUAUUCAAUUAAUAAUUUUUUAUUGAUUAAUAGUUAAAGUACAUGAUUUAUUCUGGACGUCAUACAGAAUAGUCAUAUUUAUGUCUAGAACGAACCGUCAAUUUUAAUUGACUAGCUAAAUCGCAAAUACUAAAGAUUAGUGAUUGAUUCAUAAUCCCGGACUACUUUUUCUCUUGCUAAGUUCUCAAUCAAAUUCCCGUUAGUUGUUCAAUCAGUUUAUUUUUAAUCCUUUAAAUUCCUUGCAUCCGUUUUAAUUCAAGUUUAAUUAUUUCCAGCAAAUCAAAAUUUUCUCAUGACUCUCCUUUUGUUAAUUAAUUAAUUUCAUUUUAUUUAACUGUUUUCCAAUUACUUUGUUGCAUUUUCCCCGUAAAUUCGACCCUUACUUGAGCACUAUACUACCGUGACUCGUGCACUUGCGAGGACUAUAUUAAAUUGUCUAUCAAUUCUCGCAAUGGUGUCUUCAUAUGAUUUGUAGCCCUUGAAGUUGGCUUUCAUAUGCAACUUGAAUCGUGUCCUUUGGAUGCUUCUACAACGAGAUAUGCUUGAACGAUUGACAGAAGGUCAUCCUGAUCAUCGUUUCCCAGCUUCAUUAUCUUCUUUUGAUCCCACAGCCAAUCCCGGAGCUCUUUGUCAUCAAACCUUCAUCGUGAACCUCCCGCUGACCUUCAGAGCUCUCAAUCCACUCUCGAAUGCAUCUCGAAUCAUCCCAAUUGCUCCUCAAGCGUCGGUGCCGAACUCUAAAUUCCUGAUUUUGACUCCAAAUGACACAAAACUCGAACCAACGCCGGUAAACAUAACUUGAGCUAAAAUUGAAACUUGUAACACCUUAAAGCUAGGAAAACCAUCACAAGUCGAUCCCAACACGCAUCAAAUGCGUGUCAAGAUACGGACUUAUCAGCGCGACUGAAGUCAAAUGUAUGGAAGAGGUGGCUACAAGACUUUCAAUAAAGAAGAGAGAAAUUCAAAUUUCUAUCCAUCAAAAGGUCAAAGAAGAAGAGGUUUUUCUAGGCAAGCUAAUUUUAACAAGAACGGAUCCCAGGCCUAGGUUUCGGUUAUCCAUUUGCGUCUGGAUUGGCGAUCACAUUCGUUCAUAUCUACAAAAGAUGACAAUGUUACAGAGCUCGCGCUGUAUACUCUCGCCAACGUCUCAGUCUUUAUUCGCCGCCGAUUCGCCGUACACUUCAUUUGUGCCGUCCCAGAGAACAAUUAUCUCUAGACGCAGCCCUAGGUUCUCUAAGCUCAAUGUUCUCUCCAAGCAGCACCAACAGUCGUCGAUUGAUAGUGCCAGUCAUAACAAGGACGGAUCACCCUCGGCGGAGCAGUUUUUGCAGAACAACUCGAUUGCGGACUUCAUGAGGUUCAAGCACCACUCCAAUGUUGGUGAACGGCUGGCCGAGCUACAAACUGCCGUUGUUAGUUACAGGAAGAGGUUCCCUUGGUCAAUCCUUCAGCCCUUUCUGAGGGUUGAUUUGGUGUCGACAAUACAUAUUGCUGAUAAAGAGUACUUUGCAACCCUACAGAGGGAACUUGAAACAUAUGAUUGUGUUCUUUAUGAAAUGGUUGCAAGUAGGGAAAGUUUAGAGAGUAAAGGAAAUCUUGUUGUAAAAAAGAAUCUUAAAAGUCUAAAAAAAGGGGGCUUCAAUUUUCUUGGUUUCAUUCAGAGACAGAUAGCUAGAGUGCUUACAGUUGAUUUUCAAUUAGAUUGUCUUGACUACCACUCUAAGAACUGGUACCAUGCGGAUCUUGACUUUGAAAGCUUUAAGUUACUUCAGCAACAGAAAGGUGAGAGCUUCUUCACAUUUGCUAGGGAUAUGACAAUUAAAUCUACACAAGCUGUUGUGCAAUCUGCAUCAAUACCAGAUGAUCUUGGACUAUGGAAAUCCAAACUUCUGUGGGCUUCACGUGUGCUACCAAUGCCUCUUAUUGGGUUUGUCAUCAUUUCAGGAGUCUGUUUAGAUAUGGCGAGCCAGGCAUCACAGUAUCCAGAGCUAGAAGCACUGUCUAGGCUUGAUUUUGGUGCUGCAAUGAAACUUUUUCUGGCAAAGCAACUUACAUCUGAGUUCACACAGGCGACAGCUGAUGUGGAGGCGGAAUCCGUCGUAAUAGGUGAGAGAAACAAGGCAGCAACAGAAGCACUUAGAAGGGCGAUCAACAAUGGCCACAGCAAGAUAGCCAUCCUUUACGGGGGUGGACACAUGCCAGAUUUGGGGCGUCGACUACGUGCUGAGUUUGACCUUUCUCCCUCUCAGGUACAGUGGAUAACUGCUUGGUCUAUUGGGGCGAGCAACACAACAAGCAGCAGCUCUUUCCCGUUUCUGAAAACAGUGGCUCAAGUGUUGCGAUGGCCGAUAAAUAGAUAUCAAACACUCGCACUGCUAAUAUUUUCAUCAGUCCUUGCGCUGGAUCUGUUGCUAUGGGAGCUGUUAUUUGGCACCACAGCUAAUUGGAUUACUCGUUUUGCUUUUGACUCUUUCCAAUAAGUUCACAAUUCGUGAUGAUAUUGGUUUGUGUAUAGUACAUAAGUUGUAGAAAUGUGCAUAUGUUUUGAGUUGGAAAAUGAUAGGAUAUUAGGAGCAGGACAAGGAAAGGGUCCAGGAAAAUGCGCCCUUCAGUUCUUGUUUGUUAUUAAAGAAGGCAAUGAUAUAUUUCCACACCCUUGCCAUGCUUUUAUAGUUAUUCAUUUUAGUUA